AUGAAUUCCGCUGGAGACCGAUCCGUCAUCUCAAAUGACAUGCAGGAGCUUCGCGAGGGCGGCGAAGAGAUCUCCCACAAGAUCCAGGGCCACAAGGCGAACCUCUCCAACCCCAACACCAGCCAGGCCAGCAAGGAGAACAGCAAGAAGGAGAUCGAGGCGCUGGGAGGAGACGCGAACCACUACGGCAACGAGUCUGAUCCUCGAAGCAAGAGUGCAGCGGACAACUUGGAGGGAAGCCGAGUUGGUUGA